AUGGCUCCCAAGAAGCUGCUCUGCCUUCCUGUCCUGCUGUUACCACUUCUGACGCUGCUGCCCCAGGCAGACACUCGGUCGUUCGUAGUGGAUCGGGAAAAUGACAGAUUCCUCCUAGAUGGGGCCCCGUUCCGCUACGUGUCUGGCAGCCUGCACUACUUUCGGGUACCACGGGUGCUUUGGGCAGACCGGCUUUUCAAGAUGCGAAUGAGUGGCCUCAACACUGUACAGUUUUAUGUGCCCUGGAACUACCAUGAGCCAGAGCCUGGGGUCUAUAACUUUAAUGGCAGCCGGGACCUCUUUGCAUUUCUGAAUGAGGCAUCUGUAGCGAACCUGUUGGUCAUACUGAGACCAGGACCUUACAUCUGUGCAGAAUGGGACAUGGGGGGUCUCCCAGCCUGGUUGCUUCAAAAACCUGAUAUACAUCUGAGAACCUCAGACCCAGACUUUCUUGCCGCAGUGGACUCCUGGUUCAAGGUCUUGCUGCCCAGGUUAUAUCCAUGGCUCUACCACAAUGGGGGCAACAUCAUUAGCAUUCAGGUGGAGAAUGAAUAUGGUAGCUACAGAGCCUGUGACUUCAGCUACAUGAGGCACCUGGCUGGGCUCUUCCGUGCGCUGCUAGGAGACAGGAUCUUGCUCUUCACCACAGAUGGGCCUGAAGGACUCAAAUGUGGCUCCCUCCAGGGACUCUAUACCACUGUGGAUUUUGGCCCAGCUGACAACAUGACCAAAAUCUUUGCCCUGCUGCGGAAGUAUGAACCCCGUGGGCCACUGGUGAACUCCGAGUACUACACAGGCUGGCUGGAUUACUGGGGUCAGAAUCACUCCACGCGGUCCGUGUUGGCUGUGACCACAGGCCUAGAGAACAUGCUGAAGCUGGGAGCCAGUGUGAACAUGUACAUGUUCCACGGAGGUACCAACUUUGGAUUCUGGAAUGGUGCUGAUGAGAAGGGACGCUUUCUUCCAAUUACUACCAGCUAUGACUACGAUGCACCAAUAUCUGAAGCAGGGGACCCCACACCUAAGCUUUUUGCUCUUCGAAACGUCAUCAGCGAGUUCCAGGAAAUUCCCUUGGGACCUUUACCUCCCCCCAGCCCUAAGAUGAUGUUUGGACCUCUGACCCUGCAUCUGGAUGGGGAUUUGCUGGCUUUCCUAGACUUCCUGUGCCCCCAAGGGCCCAUCCGUUCAAUCUUGCCAAUGUCCUUUGAGGCUGUCAAACAGGACCGUGGCUUUGUGUUGUACCGGACCUAUCUGACCUAUACUGUUUCUGAGCCAACACAGUUCUGGGUUCCUAACAGUGGAGUCCACGACCGUGCCUAUGUGAUGGUAGAUGGGGUGUUUCAGGGUGUUCUGGAACGAAACAUGAAACACCAACUAUUUUUGAUGGGGAAAGUAGGGGCCAAAGUGGACAUCUUACUGGAGAACAUGGGGAGGCUCAGUUUCGGGUCUAACAGCAGUGACUUCAAGGGCCUGUUAGAACCCCCAAUUCUGGGGCAAACAGUCCUCACCCAGUGGCUGAUGUUCCCUCUGAAAGUUGAUAAGCUUGUAAAGUGGUGGUUUCCCCUCCAGUUGAUGAAAAGGUCACGUCCUCAAGUUCCCUCUGGCCCCACCUUCUACUCCACAACGUUUCCAAUUUUAGGAGAAGGCGGGGACACUUUUCUCUUUCUACCUGGAUGGACCAAGGGCCAAGUCUGGAUCAACGGGUUUAACUUGGGCCGGUACUGGACAAAGCGGGGGCCACAAGAGACCCUCUAUGUGCCAAGACCCCUGCUGCUUUCUGGGGGAGCCCUCAACAAAAUCACAGUGCUGGAGCUAGAAAACGUGCCUUCUCAGCCCCAAAUCCAGUUUCUGGAUAGGCCUAUCCUAAACAGCACCUUGCAUAAGACAUACAUCUAUUCCCUCUCAGCUGAUACACAAAGUGCCUUUGAACCAAUGGAGUUAAGUGGGCACUGAAAGAAAGGUAACCCUUGGACCUGGGACAUGGAGUGGGCAGGAUCCCUUGGUGCUGGCCAUGGUGACCACAAGGAACCAAAGGCCACAAGGCCCAAAUGCAAGUCCAAGUGCAAUUUCCUUGCCAAACUUUAUUGUGAUUAAAGUUCCAGAGACAGUCCCAGCUCCGCACCCCUCUGUGGCUCUGUCUUUGCCCUGGUUCCUGAGUGUCCUUCCUAAUCUUCCAAAUAAUCCUGUUUCACGGGAAAGAAGAAACCUAGGGCUAGUGUGAAUGCACCCUCUCCAGGCCGAGUUGGCUCUAGGUGCAGCCGUAAGAGAUCAGGAAGAGGCCUUGGCGGCCUGGCAGCGGUGAUCCCGGAGGCAGCGUGUGGAGCAGAAAGAGAAGUCAAGAUAGUGAAAGGGAGUGAGGCCUUGGAGGGACGUCCCACAGCUCCAGCAGCGUCUGGACAAGAGGAAGACAGAUGGCUGAACAGGUACCCCAGAAACUUUCCAAUCCAAGCUCUCCCCACCCCUCGGGCCAUUUCCGGUUUUGCUCCAGAGGGUUCCCAGAACAUCUCCAGCACCCCCCACCCCCGACAGCCUUUCUGAGGUACUCGGCAGCACUCAUUCUAC